UAAGAACAAAACUAGGAUACAAAGGGGAGGGACUUUGCGGAAAGCGCACUUAGCAAUGUAACAUGUCUCCUUAACAACCGAUGCCAGAGUCAAACAACAGAAGUUUUAGCUGGACAAACGCGUCGAGUCGGAAUGGCUGGGACCGGCGAGGCAAAAAAAGAAGAGGCCGACUACAAGAGACUUAACAGCUUUCCCCUCAUCAGACACACAGACAUGCCAGAGGAAAUGAGGGUGGAGACCAUGGAGCUGUGUGUAACAGCCUGCGAGAGGUUUGCCACCAACAAUGAGAGUGCUGCAAAGAUGAUUAAGGAGUCCAUGGACAAGAAGUUCGGCAGCUCGUGGCACGUGGUGAUUGGCGAGGGCUUUGGCUUUGAAGUCACACACGAAGUGAAGAAUCUACUCUAUAUGUUUUUUGGUGGGAGCCUGGCAGUCUGUGUUUGGAAGUGCUCAUAGCACCUCCCCCACCUCCCUUCAGAUGUGCUCAAAAACUGGGAAUGAACACCAGCUUCCAACCAGACGCUGGUUCCGUUUUGUUGUCAUGGCGUUUUUAGUUUGCCACCAGGGAUUUAGUCAUUUGGUCAGAGUUUCAAAGUCGGAUUGUCACCUUUGUCUGGUGGUAUGAAAAAUUCACCUAUCUGUUUUAUGUUGUUAUUUUUCUAGUUUUAUUUUAAUCAAAGUGUCCCCCCCCCCCCACACACACACACACACUUCUAAGCAUCUUCCAGAAUGUUUGUGUUUGUAUUGUUGGAAGUAAACUCAACUUUUACAAAAAUGACAGCCAGCCAGGGUCUCCAAAGUCCUUUAUCCUCAUUUCUCUUCAGGUAGUGCAUGUGUGCAUGUGUGUGUGUGUGUGUUGAUUACAUGUUUGUGUGUGCUGGACACACACAUUUUUUUUAAUACCUACACACCUUUCUGAGCAGAAUUCCUUUUAACUACUUUUUCCUCUGUCCAUGUCAUCUGAAAUGAUCUCACACGUGUCUUUCUCUCUCUCCAAUGGCACUACUCUUUCAAUAACUUUUGUAAUGUUUUUUAUGUGUACAUAUUUUGAUGCAGGAAAACCAGUGUCACCUUCUUACAAGAAGCCAAACACUAAAACUUGAUCAAAACUUUUCUCCUUGUAAAGGUAUUUGUAAUAAUCACCCCUAUAGGUGACAAUAGCAAUGUGAUUGUGUCAUGCUGAUGCUGGUUUUAAUGAUCCAGCGCACUGGACCAUGGGAACUUACCUGAUUGUAAAAUAAACUUGAAAUGUGGUGAACUUGAAA